GAGGGAGGAGGAGGAGGAGUUGGAGGCUGAAACACGACGCCCGGUGUCGUCACACAAAGCGAACUCAGCUGACAGCCAUUUUCAGAGCGCCUCCUCCUGCUGCUGCUGCUCCUGCUGCUGCUGCUGCCGAGCGAGAGACGUCGAUCCCGGUCUAUCCAAGGAAGGAGUCGACCCUCCGGUCACAGCGGAGUUGGCAUCGCGUGUCCACCACCCAUCAUCCACCUUCUCCGGCGCCGUUCGGGAGUUGCGGAGGAGACCCUCGAGGCUGUUGGGGGCGGCCCGGGUGGUGGUGGUGGUUUGGUGGUCGAUCUCGAAGAGAGGAGGCCGGGGGUGGGGGGGGUUGGGGAAGGAGACUCGGCAACUCGGAGGGAAGAGAACUUGGGGUGACCCCCGGAGAGAGGACUCGGAAGAGACUCGGGCCGAUGGCGUCCCCACGGGGACCAGGGUCGUCCUCUCAGAAGGCGCUCCUGCGGGAGCUCAAGGGUGUCCAGCAGGACGAGCCCAUGGAGGGCUUCGCCAUCACCCUGGUGGACGAGGCGGACCUCUACGUGUGGGAGGUCGCGAUAUUCGGGCCGCCAAACACCCUCUACGAGGGCGGAUACUUUAAGGCCCAGAUGAAGUUCCCCAAAGACUACCCCUACUCUCCGCCAACGUUCAGAUUUCUGACGAAAAUGUGGCACCCCAACAUCUAUGAGAACGGCGACGUGUGUAUAUCCAUCCUCCACCCGCCGGUCGAUGACCCGCAGAGCGGAGAGCUUGCUUCGGAGAGGUGGAAUCCCACGCAGAGCGUCAGGACGAUCCUCCUGAGCGUGAUUUCGCUUCUCAACGAGCCCAACACCUACUCGCCGGCCAACGUGGACGCUUCCGUCAUGUACAGGAAGUGGAGGGACAGCAAGGGCCGGGACAAGGAGUACGCCGAUAUCAUCAAGAAGCAGGUGCUGGCGACCAAGGCGGAGGCCGAGAAGGACGGCGUCAAAGUGCCCACCACCCUCGCCGAGUACUGCGUCAAGACCAAGCUGCCCGCCAAGGAGAGCGGCUGCGACAUGCUGCUCGACGAGCUGUACGACGACGACGACGACGACGAGGACGACCUGGACGACGACGAAGAUGACGAGGGCCUCGCCGGGGAGUACUGCGAUGACGGAGAGGACGACUCGGGCAACGAGUCCUGAAGCCGGCCGCUCCCGCACCCACGCCAUCCCCUCUUCUCUACCACCUCCCCCCCCCUCCCCCCCUCCUGUAUCUUCCUGCUCCUCUCUCGCCUCUAUUCUUCUCUGCUCUCUCCUCCUUACCCGCUCACUCUCACCUCCGUGUCUCUCCUCUCUCGCCCUCUCGCCUUUCUCACCGCUGCUCUUUCCUCAUCCUCUCGCACGUUUCGAUUUAUCUCAUUUUUACCCCACCCCCUCUCCAGUCGUAGCAUUUGCCGCUUCCUCCACUUUUUUCUCCUCUCCCUUCACUCCCCCCCCACCCCCCCCCCCCCCCAAGACUUGGCCAAGGACGGCACCUAUCCGCUUCGGCCGUCGAGAGAAAGAGACAAACCUUUUAUUUUUCAAAUAAGUUAACGUCAAGUUGCUAGAGCGGGUAAAUGAGUGACGGUGCAACCACGCGCGCAUCCCCACGCCCGUGAGCGACCGAGCGGGCGAGCCGGCCGGCCAAUGGAUCUGGCAGACGAGUGCCCGACGGCUCGACGGUCGGUGACCCUGCGUGACCUCCGGGGCGACGUUUGGUUUUGUUUACGGUGGCGGGCACGCGGGCUCUCUGCGUCGCCUGCAGCCGCCCACCACCUCGCCCGCGCACCCCAAACUGAUUUGUUUUUCUCGAGCGGCUUCAACGAGCAGACAAAACCUUAUGCAACUUCUCACGGCCCCACCCGCCACCUGUGUAGCCUUUACCUCCCCGGCCGCUCCCACCUGUACCGACAUCGCCUUCCCGAAGAAAAUAAAAGUAAAAUCCCAAGUGCUGCGCAGGGGGUUUGAAGCACACGCGUGCAUGCAUACGUGCACAAAGGCCUUUCAAAGGGGAACUGAAGCUCAUUUAUUGAAUGUCCCCUGCCCUUACGCCGAUGUUUUUAAGCGAACGGUGCCGAGUGUUCAGUUUCUUUAAAGCUGUGGUUUUCCGCUGCUGCGGCGGGGGUGAUGGCAUUAGGCCCCCGAAUGUGAGGAAUUUAAACGGCAACAUUGAAAUUAACGCAAUAUUGCAUCUUUGAAUACUUUUCUAAAGCUUCCGUUCCCCUUCCCCUCUUAGGCUCAUGCGCGCCAAGUAGGAUUUGAGUCAUUUUCCGUAGUUUACUGGCGACAUGCGGAAUGUUUUUAUUUUAUUAUCAGGCCCUUCUCUGGUUUCCAGCUCUUAAGUUUUACAAACAAACAAAAAGUUUCUUGGCACUACCGACCGGCAAACAGGGGGCACACAUUGGACCAUCUCCACCGGGUUAAAAAGAACGUCAUAGUUCAAAUAGAACUCAAUUGGUGUUCCCACAUGGGCUGACAAACGAGUAGACAUUAUCACUGUACGAGUCAUUACGCUCUGACCGAACGGCGAUUGCCCAAAACGUUGGCAUAUACAGGGACUCUUACGAACGAGUUAGGUUCCAGAGGUCUGUUCGCAAGUCCAUUUGUUCGCAAGUCCAACUUAACUCCUGUUCGAUUCCAAACGUGCUGUUAUGGCAUGUACACUAAACACGGGGAAUGGCUUUACAAGUUGUAUAAUCUCCUGUAGAUGCCACUGGUUCUUCAUGUUCUGUCCACAGACGUAGAUGCCACCACCGCCAUCUAUUGUGCGGCUGGUUGAACUUACGAAUCUCGGUCUGAACAGACAACUGGAGAUACGGACAGGUUUGUUCGUAUCUCUGAAAGUUCGUUAGUCGAAUGUUCGUAAGUAGAUGAGUCCCUGUAUAUGUGUGUUCACUCGUGACGCAGUGUUGCAUUCGCGACCGCGGUUGUAACAUAGAGCGAAGGAUGAUAUUAAUAGCGAUAGCGCCAAUCGCAGCGAUGAGCGACUUGCAUCUCGUCUCCCCUCAACACGUUUGAAAGGGGCACCCCCAGUGGCAACUGUCCGUGUGUGUGCGGCACAAGGUGACUCGGCGCCUGACCUGCAAGCGGGAGCUGGUCUGCCAGUAGGGGGCGGUGAUUUCCGCCGUGUGUCAACUCAAUCGAGUAACUUAUCCUCGUAUCACCCCAGUUUUUGCCCGAUAUCUCUCGCGCGCAGGGUUGUCGCGGUGUAUAGUUCGCGAUACGAUCUGAAAUGUCACAAUGACUACUGCGAUAUCAGUUAUCCUUUGCAAUUAUAGUUCACGUUAUUUGCAUCAAGAUUUUGUGCUUUGAUGUACUGAAAAGUACGAAUGCUUCGAAGUUCAAUCCUCGCUACUGCAAUUUGCUCAACAUUAGCCACAAGUUUUUCUAUUUGUUGCAACUUUACGAAUCUGUAAGGCUUACCGCGUACAACAUAACCACCGUGCUGGCAAUUUACCCAGAAAACAUUUCACAAAACGGAAAUUAAAAUGUAUAACGUAAAAAAAUAUAUACUUUGCUACUACUAUUGUGAAUUAUAAUUAAUCCGUAAAACAUUUUUAAAUGAGGAAAUAUAUUCUUUAAAUAAAAACGAGCAAUGAUAAAAUAAUGUUAAGGUGAUAUUGCGCAGAACAGACGAUGGUGAUUUUCUUGGGUCGCAUUUUUAAGAAGUCGCUCAAUUCGAGAUGACACGGAGCAACAUCGCGCCGCUACUGCGGAAACUUUGCACGAGGCUUCUGAAAAAGUCUCGGCACCCGGCGAGGCUCUCCCGACUAAACGAGCGGAAUUGUUAAGAAUAAAUAAAUGGCGUACGAUUUAUCCUGGCAGCCAUGAUCGCUGCAACUUUAGGAACGGGUAAGAAAUCUCAACCGGCCCCUCACGUGGUCAAAGGGGAUUCAUUUGUCAACGUUAAAAGUUAUUACGAUCUUGGCGCAGAGUGGGUGCACACGGGGAUGGUUUUUGUGUGUAGAUCUUGACGCCUCGCCCCGACCCAGCCAACUGACGAAACGGUCCAAUGUGUCCUCUUGUCCCGGCCCCUGUGCGUAUCUUGCUCCUUUGCCUGCCCACCUUCAUAAAUAAAUAAAGUGGCCUCUCGCUGAACCACAAGAUGCACUGCGGGCCAACGCAACGGCGUAAAUCUUACCGCGAGCAACAUGCACACUUUGUUGGUCAGCGUUUCUGCAGCGUCCUCCGUGUGUACUCCGUGUGUGUGUGUAUAUAAAUAUAGAGUAUAGAAUUGUACAAAAAUUAUACCGUACUUUGAAACUGGAACUUUUAUUAGUGUGGGUGUGUGCUCCCCCCCCUUGGGAGCAGUCUCGAGCGUCUUUGGAACAUUUAGACAGCGCACGCUGCUGGAAGCAUGUUCUCCCCCCUUCGGUCGUACGCGCCCUGCUACAAGCAGCAGGGAAGCGGGAGCUGCAAAUGUGGCAGGGAAGAAGGUCCCUUCGAGAAGAGGGGGUGUUUCUUUCUGGCCCUCUGCCUCAGUUGGGUUUAGUGUCCAUUCGGAACUCUCCCAGACCGUUGCACCACCCCGUGUGUUGCAUAUCCCUCCAUGGGGUCGUUGUUGACCUGUCAUACGUGAUCUCGGAAGAACUACUGAGAUCACUUUCAGGUGAUAAAUAUUUUUUUUUAUUCACACGAGAAGGAAUUGCAAUAUUUCACUUGCCCUGCUGCAGACAGUCGGUGAUAAAUGUUUUCCCUUGCUGGAAUUUCACCAAAAUUAAGUAAAGAACCAAAUUUAAUGUGAUGGCUUUUGUGUGUGUGUAAAAUCAAUGGUGACUGGGCUGAGACCAUCAACACUUCUUGAGAAGCAGGUUUACUGGAAGCUGAAUUGGAAUUCGGGCUCUCGGUGGUGUCAGCUCGAGUCUUUUGACCCCUGACCCUGAGCACCACAGCCACCUCCCAAGUGGCGGGUGCAGGUUUUUACACAAAUCCAACCAAGGAAACAUGAAGCUGGUCAGUUUGGGAAUGUGAGUAACCGAAUGAGGUGAUGCUUCUUUAUCAGAUGCCUAAAAUGAGGCCAAGGUUUAGAACCCCUUGGCUUUCUCUCUUUUUUUUGGGGGGGGGGGGGCGGGGUGGGUGCUAAAGCACGCGUUGUUGGGUAUGAUGUCCCGACAUUCAAGCUCCACGCGUUGGGGAAAAAAAAUCUGGCACGUGGAGCGAAACGUAAGACAUCGCGCCGAAACAACGUGGUAUGACCUGAAAACGCAAGUGGAGGGCUGUACGGCACAUCCGCGGCAAACCUUCGCCGGAGCGUUAAACCCCUCGGCCUUCUCUCGAACUAGGCCUUCCACGGUGCGAAAUGUGGUUGGGCAGCCAGUGGUUGAAACUGCGUUGUGCUGCAAAGGGAACAUGCUUCCGGAUAUUUUACCGCUGGACAUGUGUUGGGGGGGGGGGGGGGAAGAG